AUGUUGUGGUUUUCUAUGUCUGAGUUUCUAUCUGUAUUUCUAUGUCUACGGCGCCGGUAUUCAAGUGAUAAACGUGUCGACGGCCAGGUAGUGGUCAUAACGGUGGUAUCGGCAAAGAAACCGCAUUUCAACACAUUACAACUGGAUUUGUGUUCACUUCAAUCGGUCCGCCAUUUCGCCAAAGAGUUGUCUCAAUUGGAGUCCAAAGUGGAUAUCCUUAUCAAUAACGCCGGGGUUAUGAUAUGUCCUGAAUGGCAGACCACAGACGGCUUUGAGAUGCAGUUCGGGACCAAUCACUUGGAAAUUCAAAUGUCUGAGUUUCUAUCUGUAUUUCUAUGUCUACGGCGCCGGUAUUCAAGUGAUAAACGUGUCGACGGCCAGGUAGUGGUCAUAACGGGUGGGAACAGUGGUAUCGGCAAAGAAACCGCAUUUCAACUCACGUUAAGAGGGGCUAAGGUGUACAUCGGGUGUCGGGAUAUGAGGAAAGGAGAUAUGGCUGUCCACGACAUUCAGGCAAUGAAUCCAAAGGCGGACAUAACUGCAUUACAACUGGAUUUGUGUUCACUUCAAUCGGUCCGCCAUUUCGCCAAAGAGUUGUCUCAAUUGGAGUCCAAAGUGGAUAUCCUUAUCAAUAACGCCGGGGUUAUGAUAUGUCCUGAAUGGCAGACUACAGACGGCUUUGAGAUGCAGUUCGGCACCAAUCACUUGGGUCACUUUCUAUUAACACUGCAUUUAAUACCACUAAUGAAAAGCCCAACAAAAGCUCGUAUAAUAAACUUAUCGUCAGUUUUCCACACAAUCGGCGAAAUUAAUUUCCAAAACAUAAACCUCCGGAACGGCGCCUAUAAUCCAUACCAGGCCUACGCUAACAGCAAACUGUGCAAUGUCAUUUUCACCAAGCAAUUAGCCACACGCUUGCAGGGCACCGGUAUCACCGCCUAUUGCCUGCACCCGGGGGUUGUUAAGACACAACUUUUUCAGCACAAACUUUGGGCACAAUUUUUGAUACACUUAUUAUUUAUGAGUCCAGAGAUGGGAUGUCAGACCACACUCUACUGUGCAUUGGAUGACCAGUUGGCCAAUGAGUCCGGCUUUUAUUACGACAAUUGCCGUCGCGUUAGCCCUAACCGUAUGGUCCGCCGGGCGACCGAUGACUCCAUUGGACGCCAACUCUGGGAAUUGAGCGCCGAUUUGGUUGCCCUCGAAACCCGACUUAACAUUUGA